AUGUUGAGUGUUUUACUAUUAAUUUCAGCAGUGAGUGGGUUUACCACGGAGAUAGCUGGUGGAAAGGAGGAAUGUUUCAUGGAGAAAUUAGACAAAGGAGCACAUAUAGCGAUCUAUUAUCAAGUUGUUGAAGGAGGGAACAAUGAUAUAGACUUUAAUAUGUAUAACCCGAAUGGAGAGAUAUUUGUUGGCGAGAAACAACAAUCGAGUGGCAUGAUCGACAAAGAAGCCCCUGUUGGCGGAGUUUAUAAAGUCUGUUUGAGCAAUAAAUUCUCCUCAUUUGGAAGUGCGCGAACAGUCGCCUUAUUCAUGGACUUCUCGUCCCAUGAUACACUUGCUAACGAUGAACAAGCAGAUAAAGUCGAGAAGUUGUCGACGGAAUUGACACAUCUGUUGACACACGCAAGAAUCGAAGUUGUGAUGCUCCAACUUAAGAAUCAAAUGCAUCAAGAUAUGUUGCAAGAAGCGUAUUCGUGGAGCACUUACCUCUUCAUCUUCCAGGGAAUUUUGAUUUUGGCUAUGUCCCUGGUUCAGACAUACCUCAUUAAGAAAUAUUUCGGAGUCAAAAGAACUAUUUAA